CACAGGCGGCCUUGAAGGGAGCGGAAGCCUUGACGCCACUCUGGAGAGCUCGGCAUCCCUCGUGAUAAGGCCGCGCCCUCGCUCUGCACGACGACGCUCCGCUUGUGGGCACCUCCGGCGCGGAGUUGUGAUCCGCCACGGCUGCUGGCGGCGUGCACAGGGAGCCGGUGUUCGCGCGCGAUGCCAAAGUUGGUGCCAGCGCUCGCCCUGACGGCAAUGUUGGCCGUGGGCCACUGCUGGAGCGUCGGGACGGGCUAUCACGCCGAUAUGGGGAUGCAGCUCGUCAACGGUUCGUGCCUUUUCGAGAACAUCACCAUUCCAGCCGGCGAGAGCCUACGCCAGGAAUCUCCCUGCCGGAGGGUCACCUGUAUCGAGCACCACAAGGCAGUCUUCAUUCAAGAGUGCACAACGUAUUACUGCCCGUCAGCGAACUGCCGCAUGGAGUCCCAGGAGGGGCUCUAUCCCGCCUGCUGCCCAAUGCCAGUUUAUGUCGAAAACUGAGCGCCUACUUCACCUCUAGUGCGAAAGUCAUCGAUAAUAGCAUCACAAUGCAGUUACACGAGCAGCACGUUAUUCAUGCCUCGGGAGAAUAAUCACAAACGACAGUUGCCAUUGAUCUUCCCGAUGCCGCUUUCAUCAUUUUUUUUCUCAGGUAAUGCGUACAAAGGUAGUAGCUAUUAGUGCCUAAGAAAAUGUUCAGUUUCGCAUAAAGGGGUAAUUGUAUCCCCAGCAACAGGGGCGCAGAUCUGGUGCCACAUUACUUUCUUUAGUGCUUUUUUUUUUUUCGGAUUUGAUGUUGCUAAGGAAGUAUGUCUUACGUGAAAUGAUGACGAUGCUUGUUCCAAAUAAUCAUUUGUUGCCCAUAAAAAACAUCCUGUUCUAAAUAUUGUUGUUACUCCAGUAUAUAUAUGUUCAGCGUUGACAGAAAAUAAAUGAAAAACUGUCAAUUAAA